ACUAGAUACCCGCUGACGGUGGCACACCUGGAUACAAGUUGCUCCUACGCCUGUGGGGAGUUCUCGCGGCUUAAGAAGAUGCAUGGCCCCAGGUGCGAAGCGCGGAUCGUGGCAAGCCGCAAGAUGCACACGCGCACGGGCAUCGCGUUUGCUCUCCUGGUCACCGCGUGCACCGUGGGCUCUCCUCUCGUCCCGCAAGUGGCCACGCAAGGCCGCUCUGACCUGGCAGCCAGGGUCAGUACCUGGGCCAUGGCGGAAGUCGGAGUCACCGCAAGAUCAAAGCUUGACAAGCACGAUUGCCCGUCCUGUGGUAUGGACUUUCUGCGUCGCGUGGAGGAGAAGCAGGGAGAGGCGCUGCUCGUAGAGGCAGUGAAAAGCCAUAUCCUCAACAAACUGGGACUCCACGAGAGGCCGACCGCCAUUCGACCCAUUCCGCGGCUGGCGAUGCUCGCUGCGGUGAACAAGUUGCACCACACGAAGCGGGGCAGGCGAGGCCACGAUGACACCGAAAAGACUCAGCGCGGCCACGAUUUCGCCGAGAUCAUAAGCUUUGCGAGCUUUGGUGCGUAA